AGCGGAAACAAAAGAGUCUCGCCGGCGUCCCCGCCCGCACACUCGCGCACACUCGCGCUAGGGCGCACACGGAACAGGCACCGGCGCCCGGAGCGAGCCAGCCAGCGGCGAGCCGGGGACCCACCGGGCUGAGCCAGCCGAGCAGCCAGCGAGCGAGCCCGCGACGACCCCCGCCCCGACCCCCGCCUCCAGCUGGCCGGUGUCCCACCGCCCUCCCUGACCCAUGGCGCUGAAGCGGAUUCAGAAAGAGUUAAGUGAUCUACAACGUGAUCCACCCGCUCACUGUUCGGCUGGACCGGUGGGAGAUGACCUGUUCCACUGGCAAGCAACUAUUAUGGGGCCUCCUGAUAGCGCAUAUCAAGGUGGAGUCUUCUUUCUCACUGUACAUUUUCCGACAGAUUAUCCUUUUAAACCACCAAAGAUUGCUUUCACAACAAAAAUUUACCAUCCAAACAUAAACAGUAAUGGAAGUAUUUGUCUUGAUAUCCUGAGGUCACAGUGGUCACCAGCUCUGACUGUAUCAAAAGUUUUAUUGUCCAUAUGUUCUCUACUUUGUGAUCCUAAUCCAGAUGACCCCUUAGUACCAGAUAUUGCACAAAUCUAUAAAUCAGACAAAGAAAAAUACAACAGACAUGCAAGAGAAUGGACUCAGAAAUAUGCAAUGUAAAGUCAAAAAAUUUUUCAUAUAUACCAGAGUACUGUAAAAUCUAGGUUUUUUUCAACAUUAGCAGUAAAUUGAGCACUGUUUACUGUUUCAUUGUAUCAUGAAACCCUUUGAUUUUUGCCCAUUUUAAAUGUGUUUCUGAAGCAAGACAAAACAAACUUCCAAAAAUACCCUUAAGACUGUGAUGAGAGCAUUUAUCAUUUUGUAUGCAUUGAGAAAGACAUUUAUUAUGGUUUUUAAGAUACUUGGACAUCUGCAUCUUCAGCUUACAAGAUCUACAAUGCAGCUGAAAAGCAACCAAAUUAUUUUUUGCUGAAACUAGAUGUUUUUACAUGAGAAAUACUGUAUGUGUUGUCUAAGAUGUCGUCAGUUUUAUAAAUCUGUAUUCAGAUUUCAUUCUGUUAGCUCACUUUAUAAUUUGUAUUUUUUUACUGUAUAGACUAAAUAUAUUCUAUUUACAUGUAUGUCAACUCAUUACUUUUUUCCUGUGAACAGUAUUGAAAAAGCCCAACAGCUGAUAAUUAAAUGAAUUGACUGUGUCUCCCUUGUCUUAGGAUAUUCUAUAGAUUGAUUGCAGAUUUCUUAAACCUGAAAUGAUCUUUACACUGUAAUUCUCAGUAUACUGAUUAUGGAGAAACACUUGUUUUGAUUUUGUUAUACUUGACUUAACUUUAUUGCAAUGUGAAUUAAUUGCACUGCUAAGUAGGAAGAUGUGUAACAUUUAUUUGUUGCUAUUCACAUUUGAAUUUUUUCCUCUAUAGGCAAUAUUAUAUUGACACCUUUUACAGACCUUACUGUAGCUUUUUCCAUAUAAAUAAAAAGCUUUUUCUACUAUUUGUCUUGAUUACUUAAAAAAAUAAAAAUUUAAGUAAGAAU